AUGACAGAAAACAGAACAGAGUACUCAGUUAACUCUCACUCAGCUCUUCUAGGUCUGUUCCUGGGAAGCAUUUCACUGAUCACUAUUGUCAUGAAUAUAUUAGUACUAUAUGCUGUGAAAACUGAGAAGAAGUUGCAAACAGUUGGCAAUUUAUACAUUGUCAGCCUCUCUGUUGCAGAUCUUAUAGUUGGUGCAGCUGUUAUGCCCCUGAAUAUUGUUUAUCUCCUUAGUCCUGUGUGGCCUCUAGGCUUAUCAGCCUGUUUGUUCUGGCUGUCAAUGGAUUAUGUGGCCAGUACUGCAUCCAUUUUCAAUCUCUUCAUAUUGUGCAUUGACCGUUACCGUUCAGUUCAGCAACCACUGAAAUAUCUCAAGUACAGAACAAAAAUGAGAGCAUCGCUAAUGAUUUUGGCAGUUUGGUUGCUCUCUUUCAUGUGGGUCAUUCCAAUCCUAGGAUGGCAUGUUUUUGCUAAUAACGGGGAAAGAGAAGUAAAGGAAAAGUGUGAAACUGAAUUCUCUGAAGUCACCUGGUUUAAAGUGUUGACAGCCAUUGUCAAUUUCUACCUACCCUCUAUCAUGAUGUUGUGGUUCUACUAUAAAAUAUUCAGAGCUGUUCGAAAACACUGUCAACACCGAGAGCUCAUCAAUGGAUCAUCUAAGUCUUUCUCAGAAAAAAGCACCUUGCCUCACAGUAAGAUGAAGGAUGAACAAAAUAUUUGCCUCCAAAAGCAAAUCUUAGAUGAGAACACCCCUCCUAAAGACAAGCAAAGUUCACCUCAGGCCAGAAAUACAGAGGCAGAGGUACAUUUCAGUAAUGCUGACAACUCUUCAAAUACAUUUGUCAGCAAGAGCAAUAGGAAAGUUCUUAAAUGGAGAUGUUUUCCUCUCACCACUGCCCAGUCUGAGCGAGCCCUGAAUAAAGCAGGAACAAAGUGUGUGUGUGUAACAAAAGAGAACGAAAAUGAAAAGGAGCCUGGCUCACAAGAUAGUGACUUAAGUGAUGCAUCGGACAACCAUACUUUCACAGAGGAGGCAACCUCCAGAGGAAACUCCAACCCUAGUCCUGAAAGAGCCUGCAAUCCUCAGGAAAAGACUGAGAACAGGGAUUUCAGAGGACUGACUUACCUGAGAAAAACAUGGCAGAGUCUGCACACCCACUCCAAAAGACACACUCAAGGACUGCAUGGGAACAGGGAGAGGAAAGCAGCUAAGCAGUUAGGGGUCAUAAUGGCAGCCUUUAUGCUAUGCUGGAUUCCCUAUUUUGUGUUAUUUAUGGUAAUAGCUUUCCACAGGCAUAAACAAUUUUCAGAUUUACACAUGUUCACUAUCUGGCUUGGCUACGUGAACUCCACCUUAAAUCCAUUCCUAUAUCCUCUCUGUAACCAGAAUUUCAAGAAGACAUUCAAAAAGAUCCUUCACAUUCACUGA